AUGGCAGUAAAACUCGCUUUAUCGUUCGGUUGUUUACUUUCAAUCCUUCCACUUGCCAUCGCCCAGUCAGGCGCAUACGGCCAGUGCGGAGGUAUUGGUUGGACAGGCUCGACAACCUGCAUUUCUGGAUUUACGUGCACGUAUAGCAAUCCAUACUAUUCACAGUGUCUCCCUGGAACUGCUCCUACUAGCGUCAGAACAUCAACGGCUCCUGCAUCGACUUCUACUGCAGGCCUUGCAGUUGCAGCCAAGGCAGCAGGCAAAAAAUACUUUGGGUCGGCGACUGAUAAUCCGGAGCUCACAGACGCGGCCUAUGUGGCGGGGCUGAGCAACUUGAAGGACUUCACGCAAAUUACCCCUGAUGCCACGGAACCCUCGCGCGGAACCUUCACGUUUACUAAUGGAGAUGCUGUUGUAAACCUCGCACUAAAGAAUGGGCAGCUAUUGCGAGGCAAGUAUCAUUGCACUGGAACCAAAAUUUCUCGCAUUUACACCAUUUAUCAGGGCACACUUGUGUAUGGCAUAACCAACUGCCUGACUGGGUCACAGCUGGAAGGUUUAACAACGCAACGCUUCAAUCCAUCGUCACUACUCACUGUAGCACCGUCGUCGGCCAUUAUAAAGGAAAAAUACAGCUGGGAUGUUGUGAAUGAACCUUUCAACGAGGACGGUACCUGGCGAGAUGAUGUUUUUCACAAUACCAUAGGCGACGGUUAUGUGGCGCUGGCUUUGCGAGCUGCCCGAGCAGCUGACCCUGCUGCGAAACUAUACCUCAAUGACUACAACAUCGAAAAUACGGGAGCUAAAUCUACUGCCAUGUACAACCUCGUCAAAUCUCUGCAGGCACAAGGUGCCCCCAUUGACGGAGUAGGAUUCCAGUGCCACUUCAUUGUAGGACAAAUCCCGACUAGCUUCCAAAGGGUGCUGGAGCAAUUCACUGCCCUCGGUAUUGAAGUGGCUAUCACCGAACUCGACAUCCGCAUGACGUUGCCGGCUACCCCCGCUCUCCUACAGCAGCAGAAGCAAGACUACCAGAAUGUGAUCGCUGCAUGCAAGAAUGUGGCUGGCUGUAUUGGAGUCACCAUUUGGGAUUAUACCGACAAGUAUUCAUGGGUCCCAAGUGUAUUCCCUGGUGAAGGUGCACCAUUGCCGUGGGAUGAGAAUAUGGUCAAAAAGCCGGCAUACGACGGGAUCAUUGCUGGAUUUGCGUAA